GUUGAUUCCUCUUCAGCUGUUACUUUCACUUCUUAGAAGACGAGUUUUCUAAGUGUCAAUGGCCGUGGUCUAUGCCGACCUCAGAUUCACGAGAGCCUCCGGCCAGGUCACAGGGGGCCCCCCGGAGCCAACAGAUGAAGACUGGGAUAUCACCUAUGAAAAUAUCCCCGCCCCCAAACAGAGAGAAGAUCCCACCCAACCAAGUAGAAGGUGUCUCAGGGGUUUCCCGGCUCCUCCCCCUUAUGUCACUAUCACUCUCAUCCUCCUCUCCUGCACACUCAUGAUGGUCAUCAUUGGACUCUCUGUACGAUUAUCUCAGGUGUCCGAACUCCACCUAAACACUCGGGCUGAAUUACAGCAACUACAAGGAGAACAUGAAGACCUUGGCUCCAGGUUUACCCAGAGUAACUUGAGAAAAGACUCAAUGGUUCAGGAGCUUAGAGAAAACCAGAGCCAGACCCAGCAGGACCUGGAGAAGACGCGGGCCGCACUGCAGGAGGUGCAGGAGAAGUGGACGACCGCCACCCAGGAGCUGCAGAAAACCAUACGGGAAAAGGAGGACACCAAGUCCACUCUGCGUAGACUUCAAGAUGAUCUCCAGAGCACCAAGAAUGACCUGGGAGGAAAGCAGGAGGAGCUCUCCAGAUGUGAGAAUAACCUCGGAUUGAUCAGUUCUCAGAAGUGGACAUUUGAAUCUCAGCUGAGCAAGACAAGAAACAUCCUCCAAAAUACACAGAGCAACCUACGUCUAACAGAGAACAAUUUAUCACAGAAGAAUGGAGAACUGAACAAUGUAAAGAAGUCUCUCCAGAACGUUCAGAAGAACCUGAUGGAAAAAGAAAAAUAUUCAGCGCAACAGAGCAAGAAGCUGAGUGACCUGGAUCAGAGAUUGAGUGAGGCUGGAAAAUGCUUAACUGGUGCACCCUGUUCCGGUGUCGCGGACGUUCUUGAAGAUCCCAAAGAUGUCUUCGAAUACUGUCCCAAGGACUGGCAUGAGAUCGGCAAUCGGUGUUACUACUUCUCUAUGAAGAAGACAUACAGGAGUCAUGCUGAAUAUGAAUGCGCGAAACCAUUCUCCUCACUGGCCAGAGUCGAAGAUGAGGAUUCUGUCCUGAGGGAUUUAAUUGGGAGAACUGGGGGAAGUUACUGGAUCGGCUUACAAAAAGUUGGCAACAACUGGGUGUGGCCUGACAAAACGAAUAAAACAGAUUUCCGUCCACAGAAUUACCACCACUGUGUGAAAGCGGAUCCAAAUCUGAGAUCGGAGGCCUGCAGAACGACGCUGCCCUGGAUCUGCGAAAGAACGACCAAGAUGUGCGUCUCCAAGACGGAAGCAGUGCGCUGCAUCGGGGAGAAGAUCGGCAUCAUGGGAGAGAAGCACCAGGAGAAAAAGAUGUCUGGGAAACCGGGUGGCGCCAUAUACUAA